AAUGUGCGGAGCCUUUUAUUUAGAUGUUUAGUCGAAAUAAUGUUGAUCGAAUUCGACGACAGACGACGUGUUCUAUUGUUGUCACGUAACCAGUUUAUUUACUUACCACUAUACCGGCAUUUGCUGUCUGACUCGAGUGAAUUUACUCUGCCUGUUUACAUAAAAGCUGCGGGGGGAAAAACGUUUCUUAUUCAGAUGAGUCGGGAUUGGGACGUGGCUCGGAUCAAGAAGUUUAUUGCUCCAAAACUUGGCCUGCAAGUCAAAGACAUCAGCAUUAUCCUUGCUGGUAAAAGUCUUGCUGACAAUCUUCUACUAGAGGAAUGUGAUCUUGGUCACAAUAGCAUUCUUAAUGCCGUAAAACUUAAGGUGAUAAAAAAAGAUGAUGCAAUACCUUCCAAUGAAAAGAAGUCGGAAGGCACACCAUUUCACCAGGAUAAGCCUUUGUGUGAAACAUUGCUUGACCUACAAUUGACAGAAGAAGAACAAAAGUUGCUGCACAAAUCACUUGGCUGCAGCUCUCCUGAAUAUAAACAGAAGAAGGCUCAUUUCUAUGUUUAUUGUGAAUCUCCCUGCAAAUCAGUCCAGAAUGGUAAACUUCGGGUCCGUUGUAGCCUUUGCAAAGCCGGUGCCUUCACGGUGGACCGAGAUCCGUGCUGUUGGGAUGAUGUCUUGCGACCCGAGCAAGUAAGCGGCACUUGCCAAAUGGAAGGUUGUGAUCAUUCGUGGGCCGAAUUCUACUUCAAGUGCGCACACCAUCCUUCGCAAGGAGAGAUGGAUUCUACCCUUCCACUCUAUCUGGUCAAAUCGAAUUUCAAACAGGUCCAAUGUCUGGCCUGUAUGGAUAUUAGUGAUCCUGUGUUGGUCUUUCAGUGUUCCAGUUCCCAUGUGAUAUGUUUAGAAUGCUUUCAACAAUACUGUAUGUCUCGGUUGAACGAGAGACGCUUUGUUUUCAAUCCAAAUAUCGGUUACACUCUACCCUGCCCAGCUGGAUGCGAAAACUCACUGAUUGAUGGAACCCAACAUUUCAAAAUUCUUGGAGGUGAGCAGUACCAGCGGCUUCUGCACUUUGGGGCAGAGGAAUACGUUAUGUCGGUAGGUGGUGUGCUUUGUCCGCAACCCGGAUGUGGCAUGGGAUUACUUGCAGACCCUUCCUGUAGACGGAUUCAGUGCACAGGAGGAUGUGAGUUUGUUUUUUGCCGUGAUUGUUUACAAGGUUAUCAUAUUGACGAAUGUCAACCGAAUGGAGAUGGUAAUUUUCAAUCCAUGCUGACAACCACAGAGUAUGUUGUUGAUCCUAGGCGAGCUGCACAGGCGAUGUGGGAUGCAGACAGUCGCGUUACUAUACGUGUCACUUCAAAACCAUGUCCCAAAUGCCGAACGCCAACUGAACGCGAUGGAGGUUGUAUGCAUAUGAUUUGUACUCGCCAACAGUGCGGGUUUCAUUGGUGCUGGGUUUGCCAAACAGAGUGGACGAGAGAGUGCAUGGGAAGUCACUGGUUCGGAUAAUUUGGACAUCUUUAAACUUAUAACGACUGCCUUCGAUUAUCGCAGUGUUGCUUAGAAGCAAGGAGAGUGUAAUUUUCUUUUCGCUAUACUAGUCGCGAAAUUGGUGACAUUUGGUUCCUAUAGUGGACAUCUAGAUAAAUAUGUAAAAUAGAAUGGAAACGAUUCAUUAUCCAAAAUAUUUAAAGUACUGUUCUACAGAUAGAAAAUUGAUAAGUCUAAGAGGCCUCAAAAUUCUCCCGUUAUAACAAAAUAUUGCAAUUUCCCGUGUUCCACCAAGUGAAGGCCUAGAUAAGUUGUGUGUUACUGGCAGAAGGUGUACCUGGAGUGAUAAAUACCACAUGUAUAGCCGAUGAAAAUAAAGCCAGAAAAGAUGCCCACUAGAAA